AUGGCCAUGGAGCAAACUGAACGCAACCUAAAUGCUACCACCCACCUCAAUUUUGCUUUAAUCUACAACAUCCAUGAUGGGGAUUUCACCUAUUUGAGAAACUUCUCUUUCCCUUUAAAUUUCACUUACAGUGACUAUGACCUGCCGCUGGACAGUGAAGAUGACAUGACCAAAACCCGUACCUUCUUCACAGCCAAGAUUGUGAUCGGGGUUGCUUUGGUUGGCAUCAUGCUGGUUUGUGGCAUUGGCAACUUCAUCUUCAUUGCUGCUCUCGCCCGCUACAAGAAGUUGAGAAACCUCACCAACCUGCUGAUUGCCAACCUGGCCAUCUCAGACUUCAUUGUGGCUAUUGUGUGCUGCCCCUUUGAGAUGGACUACUACGUGGUGCAGCAGCUGUCCUGGGAGCAUGGCCAUGUCCUCUGUGCCUCAGUCAACUACCUACGAACUGUGUCCCUCUAUGUUUCGACCAAUGCUCUCCUGGCUAUAGCUGUUGACCGGUAUUUGGCCAUUGUUCACCCAUUGAAACCACGCAUGAAUUAUCAAACAGCAACCUUCCUCAUUGCCUUGGUCUGGGUCAUCUCCAUACUUGUAGCUAUUCCAUCUGCAUACUUUGCUACUGAAACUGUGUUGUUUAUAGUGAAAAACCAGAAGAAAUUUUUCUGUGGCCAAAUUUGGCCAGUUGACCAGCAGAUGUACUAUAAAUCAUACUUUCUCUUCAUCUUUGGCAUUGAAUUUGUAGCACCUGUGAUUACAAUGACCUUGUGUUACGCCAGGAUCUCUCAGGAGCUUUGGUUUAAAACUGUCCCAGGAUUUCAGACAAAACAAAUCAGAAAGAGGCUUCAGUGCAGAAGGAAAACUGUUAUGGUACUAAUGUGCAUUCUGACUGCCUAUGUUCUCUGCUGGGCACCUUUCUAUGGUUUCACAAUUGUCCGGGACUUCUUCCCCUCCUUUUUGGUGAAAGAGAAGCAUUAUCUUACUGCCUUUUACAUAGUCAGGUGCAUCGCCAUGAGUAACAGUAUGAUAAACACCAUGUGUUUCGUAACAGUGAAAAACAAUACAAUGAAGUACUUCAAGAAGAUCAUGCUGUUCAGAUGGAGGUCAACGUAUAAGGGAAGCAAAUCUAGCAUAGAUUUGGACCUGAGAACAAGUGCAGUCACAGAAGAAGUAGACUGCAUAAAACUACAAUAA